AUGGCAAAUAAUAGUAUGGAAUUGGAUUUGAAAAACCAUUUAUUUCACCUUGGAAUUUCCGAUGACUUGAUGGAUCACUAUCCGAUAAUAAAAAUGUCACUAACUGCAUUAACAAAUAUUUUACGCAACCGUCAUUUACAGAAAAACUUCAUUCCUCAUUUUACUCCAAUCGAAGAAUAUCGAUACGAUUUUCCAAACGAUGAACCUCAAUCGAUAUUAAGUCAAAUAAAUCAAGUAUUUACUGAGACGAACUUGCCAACAAUUAUAUUUCAAGAAGAUAGUCAGUUGGGUGCUGUUAAUGAUUGCUCAGCCUAUGGUCUGUAUAACGGACGAAAAUCUCUAGCCGAUGAAGACAUUAUCUACGUGAAUAAACAAAUUUUGGAAAGUUCAACAUUGUCUGGAAGUUUAGAUUAUCUCGAAAAAUACGCAGCGAUUGUUUUAUUUUCAAUGUUACACGAAAUUGGUCACUGGGCUUUUUUUAAAUUUGCCUGUCGACUGAAUAAAGAAAAAGUAACACCAUGUGGAAUAUUAAUGGAGGAGUCUGGAGACGCAAUAGAACACUUGAUUUUCGGAUUUCGAAUUCAACACUAUGGCGCCACGCACCCAAAAUUCCACAUUGAUGACAUCGUUACGAAAACCAGUAGCAUGCGACAAUAUCGAAUCGUACCGAAUAAAUAUCUGCACAACUUGUUCGAAGCUGAAACGUAUACAGGUAUUAUUAAUUCCGCAUCAUUGAAAAUUACAAAUGAAUCAUUGAUGUCGAGUCCGGUGCUCGAUGAGGAACUUAUGAAGUUCCAAAAUAAACGUGUUUUCGAUCCAGUGGAUGAACUCAAGUUGUGCCCGACUCGAGCAUCUUUUCAAAAAGAAACUGAGAAAAGAGUGUUUCAGCCGUGUGAUAAAGUAUUUCGAAAAAUAAAAUUUUUUUCUAAAUGA